UACCAAAUAACUAGGCCUAUAAUUAUUGAUCCUGGACUUUAUCACUCAAAGAAAUCUGGUGUUUUCUGGGCCAAAGAGAAAAGAUCGUUGCCUGCUUCUUUCAAGUUAUUCACUGGUACUCCAGAAAUCUUUUAGACCUAUGUACUGAUUUUCUCACUUCAUAUAUAUAAAGCCCAAGUCUAAUAACUUCCAUAUAUGUCAAAACCAUAUCUAAAUCUGCUGAAUGACAAUGUGAUGUACAGUGUGUGAAGUAACUAUAAUCAAGUAAUGCAAUUUAUAAAGCUCUGGUGGUGUUUCCUCUUCGCAUUGAAAUAAAACUCAAUCCGUUCUGAGCUAUCUGUUGUAUUUGAUCUUUGUGUUAUCCCAUCACUUAUGUUUUACCUCGAAAUAUCAAUAUGCUCAGUUGUUUUCUACUUGCAUUAGAUAUAUUUGAAUAAAAUAAAAAUAUAGCGUGCAAGAUACUACAUCGUCCUUGAGUCAAUUUAGUGGAUACUACUUGCAUUAGACACGUGUUUCUUUCUUUCUAACUCGAUUUAAUAAUUUUUGUAUGAAGUUUAAUAUGAAUACAAAGGUUUGUCUUGUGCAUGACUAGUCUGCUAAUUAUGUAAGUGGCUUUUAUGAUGCUCAUCGUAUAAUCUUGUUUUUAUUGAUUAGUCCAGCUUUUGGUGGCUGAAAAGUAUGAACCAUGAUACUUACUACUCGGUUUAUAUUUGCCAGGUGGCUAAGGAGAGUGCUGAUGUUAUAAUUUUAGAUGACAAUUUCUCCACCAUUGUAACAUGCAACUUUUUUCAGAAAGUCAGCGAACAGAUUGGUUACAUGACUUGCAUCCAAUAUUGUUUAGAGUACUUGGAAGCCGUCCCUUGGGUGGGACAAGAGGAGGAAGAGAAAGUGGUUUCUAUAGUCUCCCGUCUUGAAGGUGAGGGCAUCGGGGUGAAGCCAGUACUGAAACGAGUGUCUCCCGAAAACCCAACACCACCUAACGACACCCUUUCUCACAUAUUGGAGUUGGUGCUAAAAAGCAGAGAAGCAAAGGAUCGGAAACCACCGCGGUUCCGCUGCCGCCAUCGCCGAACCCGACCCAGACUCCCAGAAUACAAAUCUCAGCCCAAAAGUAAAAGUAUCAAGAUUCAAAUGUUGGAUGAAAUUUGUGAUGUUGGAUGUAAUAUUAGAUUAAUAAUGUUUGAAUGAAUGUAUGGAUUUUUAGUAUUAAUAUAUGUAUUUUUAGUUUUCUAU